GCGAGCUCCAGUCAGUAUCAUUUUUAUGAAGGCCGUGGUGAAUUCUCCGCAGUGAAUUUGUUUUACUCUUGCUUUUCGAAGUAAACAAAUAGUCGUGUAUACGUGUUUGUGUAGUUUAGUGUUUGAGGAAAUCGUAAAAGAAAACCCGAGGCUUGUGUAAGUGCUCCAAAACGCAUUCCGACAAGCUAAACCCCAACCAACAGCCAAAUUACAACACCAUGUAUCAGAACCAGGGUGGUUACCCGCAAGGCGGCUACCCUCAAGGAGGCUAUCCCCCGCAAGGAGGCUAUCCCCCGCAAGGUGGAUAUCCCCCUCAAGCGGGUUACCCGGCACAGCCAGGAUAUCCACCGCAGCCUGGUUUCCAGCCGGGAUAUGGCGCUCCAGGAUAUGCUGGUGAAGCGGCUGGUGGUUACGGACAACCGGGAGAUUUGGGAGAAGAUGGUUCCGUCAAGGGGUUCGAUUUCAACGACCAGAGCAUCCGCAAAUCGUUCAUUCGUAAGGUGUACUCCAUCCUGAUGUGUCAGCUACUCAUCACUAUGGGUUUCAUCACACUCUUCACCUACCACGAGGGCUCCAAGCUGUGGUUCAGAGAGCAUUCCUACAUGAUGUUCGUGGCACUAGCCGUGACUAUAGUCUGCCUGAUCGUGAUGGCGUGUUGCGGUAACGUGCGUCGUCAGGCGCCGAUGAAUUUCAUCUUUCUGGGCAUCUUUACUGUCGCGGAGAGCUUCUUACUCGGAGCUGUGUCUAGUACUAAAGCUCCUGAGGCGGUGAUGAUGGCAGUGGGAGUGACGGCGGCCGUGUGCCUCGCGCUGACGAUAUUCGCGCUGCAGACCAAGUGGGACUUCACCAUGAUGGGGGGGUUCCUUGUGUGCGCCACUGUUGUGCUGCUAUUGCUCGGCCUCGUCGCAAUGUUCGUCCGCAACAACAUUCUCCAACUUGUUUACGCGUCGAUCGGAGCCCUAAUCUUCUCCAUGUACCUCGUCUACGACACGCAGCUCAUGAUGGGCGGCAAGCACAAGUACAGCAUCAGCCCCGAGGAGUACAUCUUCGCUGCGCUCAACUUGUACCUCGAUAUUGUUAACAUCUUCAUGUACAUUCUCACUAUUAUCUCAGCUUCGAGGGAUUAAAGCGUUGUCGGCAGUAAAAGCGAAGUAUGUGGCUCUUUGAUACCGCGUUUAAAGCUUUUUUUUGUUGCUUUUGGGUGUAGCUAUAGUAUUAGUAGUAUCUCUUUGCUACCCUUAAUUUGUACCUCGAUAUUAUCAACAUCUUCAUGUACAUUCUCACUAUUAUCUCAGCUUCGAGAGACUAAGCGUUGUCGGCAGUAAGAGCGAAGUAUGUGGCUCUUUUAUACCGCGUUUAAAGUUUUUUUUGUUGAUGUUGGGUGUAGCUAUAGUACAUCUUCGCUGCGCUCAACUUGUACCUUGAUAUUAUAAACAUUUUUAUGUAUAUUCUCACUAUUAUCAUUGUCGGAAGUAGAAGCGGAAUACGUGGCUCUUUGAUACCUCGUUUAAAGUUUGUUUUAACUAUUUAUUUAUAAUUGUUUCGUUGAUAAUGGAUGGCAUGAGUCGUGAAGAGCACUUCUUCGCUAUGGUUAACUUGUGUCUCGAUAUUAUUAAUAUCUUCAUUUAAUUUCUUACUGUCAUACGUUUCUAGGAAUGGAGGUAGCGUUGUCGAAAAGGAAGCAGAGUAUGUGGCACUUGAUUUUGAUACCGCAAUGAAAUGUUUAUUAAACGUCACUUUAUUAGGUCUACGGGUUACGGUAACCACUUACUACGG